AUGAAGAAAACACAGCUAGUCUUUGUCCCUGCACCUGGAUUUGGCCAUCUUGUAUCAGCUGUUCAGUUAGCAAAGAUGGUUCUUGAGAGAAACGACAGUUUCUUGAUAACCAUGCUUGUCAUCCACAAUCCAAUUUACGGUGGCAUAAGCAAGAACACCGAAUCGCUUGCUUCUAUUCAUACAGAAAUCAGGUUCAUCGAAAUUCCUGAGACCAUACCUGCACCUCCUCCAGAAGCUUUAGCUGUAAGCCCUGCAAAAAUCUUGGCACAUAAAGCAGUAGGCGCUUUCGUAUCACACUGUGGAUGGAACUCAACUUUGGAGGCCUUGUGGUAUGCCGUGCCUAUUAUAACUUGGCCAUUAUAUGCUGAGCAACACCUGAAUGCAUUUCAGCUAGUGAAAGACUUGGGAUUAGCAGUGGAAUUGACGUUGGAUUUUAGGAGAGAUUGUCCUACAGAUUUUGUCAAGGCGGAGGUGAUAACAAAAGCUGUGAAAACCAUGAUGGAACACGGUGGUCAACAAAGAAACAAAGCCAAAGAAACCAGUGAAAUGGCGAAGAAAGCUGUGAUGGAGGGUGGAUCUUCGUAUGUUGCUUUUGGAAACUUGAUUGAUCAAUGGUUAGGAAGCAAACCUUGA